AGAAUUUUAAAAGAAUUAAUUUCUGAUACUUGGUCUAGAUGGCGGCGUAUUGCCUAAGUGGGAGGGCAUAAUGGCGUCGACGUUUGACAAGUACUCCCAGUGUGAUGUUGUUUUUAAUUUGUAUCGUUAAUCAAACGCGCGUUUAUCAAUGAGUACGUGCACUUAAAGCGCGUUGUCGUGUUCUCCUACGAUGUCGGACUCAGAAGGGCCGAUAUGCUACGUACUGGUGGUUGGAUUUCAUCACAAGAAAGGGUGUCAAGUGGAAUAUUCAUAUCCACCGCUAGUGCCGGGCAGUCCUAAUGAAUGCCCUCCAGGAUGGAAGUAUCUACCAACUCUGGCACUGCCAGAUGGUUCUCACAACUAUGAUGAUGACACUGUUUUCUUUCAUCUACCCAGCUUGGCAAAACCCAGACACACAAUCUAUGGUAUUUCAUGUUUUAGACAAAUUCCCAUUGAGAAAAUAAAAAAUGUUACUUCUGAUAUUACAAGAGGCACAGUACAAAAAUCAGUAUGUGUCUUAAGUACAUUGCCUCUUUAUGGUCACAUACAAGUUAAAAUGGCAUUGAUAACACAUGCUUAUUUUGAUGAAGGAGAUUUUAGCAAAGUAUCACUACUUCAAGAUACUUAUCAUCAUUUAAACAAUGUUUUACUUCAAAAUGAAUCACCAUUACAACAUUUUGUUGGUUUAUCUCCUAGGGAUUUUGUUCUACAAUGGCGCCACAAGGCUGUUUUAUUAUUUAAACUUUUACUGUUAGAAAAACGCGUUAUUUUCUAUAAAUCACCAGUGCAUCCUUUAUGUUCAGCAAUAUUGACUCUUCUUUCACUUCAUCCUGGCAUGAUUGAAAGUGGACUUGAUGAAUCAGCUUGUAUUAAAUUAUCCAGACCAAUGUCACCAAUGCCGAAUUUUUCUGAUGACGAAUGCACGCCGGAAUCUACACCGCGUAAAAAUAACGGUCACCAAACACCGGAAAAAAACGACAAGGAAGAAGAUGUUAAAAGUGAACAAAGUGUAGAUAAGAAUAAUUUGAAAGGCGAUGCUAGUCCACCAACUGAUGUUUGUGUUGAGUUGACUGAAUCGUUGAAUUUAAAAGAUGAAAAGAGCAAUUCUCUAAAACGCGAAGGUAGUAGCGAUGGCAUUGCAGAAAUGAAUACGCAUUUCAUGCAACUUGCGCAAAUGAAGAUCGAAAGCGCUGGUUUUCCACUCGCGUUGUUUAAACAGGGUUAUUUAUGUUUACCGUACUUAUCUUUGCCCUACAUGGAUUUGUUGAGUGAUGUCAAUGUGCGAGGUUACAUUGCGGGCGCAACGAAUGUACUCUUCAAGCAAAAAAGGCAAUUGUAUGAUAUUUUGGUGGAUGUAGACGCUGGACGGAUUGAAUGUCAAGAUUUAGAGCUACGUAAACAGUUACAUCUCACCACAGAGGAUCUGAGAUUUGCUGAUUUUAUUGUAAAACAAGUCAGCGACGAGAAGCACGAUGUAUUUUUGGAUGGUGUUGGUUGGGAAGGUGGCGAUGAAUGGAUUCGUACACAGUUUAAGAUAUAUUUAUUGAGUUUGCUAAGAACAUCAUUAAAUCAAGAUGCUGGGCGUGAAGUGGACCACUUCAAUUCAAGUUUUAUGUCAGCAUGGAAAGACACGCACAAUUACAAAAUGUGGAAUUAUGCUGAAUCAAGUAUAAUGGACGUGAUGCCUGGCCAUCCAUUUGCUGGACAACUAUCAGUGGCGGAUAUGAAACUAAGGCUAUCACAAUUCGAAUGGGGCGCCACAGGACCUGGUGGGAUGGCAGAUAACCGGUGUUUUUCAGGAGGCGGCGCUGGCGUGAAGAUGGAGCAUUUCCAGGCGGCGCUCGACCCCCGGAAACAGGAGCUCCUUGAGGCGCGCUUCCUUGGCGCUAGGAUGUCAGCUGGAUCUCAAAUACAGAUGGCACCCCAGUCGACUGUAAGCACAACCCAACCCGUUCAUAGCCAAGACUCCAAUAUGAGUACAGGUUCCUCUCACAGUGAUAAAGAGCUGGACCCAAAUACUCCGGAGAAGGGGCCUCGAACACCGGCAGAACAACGGAAACGAAAAAGAAAGGGCGACGACACUGGAGGUACGAUUGCCAAGGGUGUUAGGACCAAUUCGACUGAUAAAAAAGUUGACUACUAUAAUACCAAACAUACGGGAAAUAGUCCUAUUAGACAUGGGGGAGCCAAGAGUCCAUCACCUCAACAACCCUAUCCCAUGUUUCCGCCCUCGCAGCAAACGCAGCCGCCGCCACCACCACAGCCGCAGCAGCUGCCAUCGCCGCAGGUGCCGGUCAGUCCUGUUCCUUUCGACUACUUUCCGAAGCAGCCGACAACCCCUCGAGUUCCGGCAGUAUCGAAUAUGGUUAGCAAAUCAGUACAGGUAAAAAAUACUGAACUGACGUGUCAAAGGAUACAGGAGUUUGAGACGCAGGCAUCCUCCGACCUAGAGGCGCGGAAUCUAAAGAUCGAUGAACUGAACAGGACGAACGAGGAGCUGCGGCAUCAGUUGUCCACGCAACAGAAGACUUUAGAUCAGCACAAGCAACACAUAACCAAAUGUAUAGAUGUCGUCAAGAAACUGCUCAAGGAGAAGAGUUCCAUAGAGAAGAAAGAGGCGCGACAGAAAUGCAUGCAGAAUAGACUGAGAUUAGGACAAUUCGUGACGCAAAGGGUAGGCGCUACCUUUCAGGAGAAUUGGACCGACGGACAUGCCUUUCAAGAACUUGCCAGGCGGCAGGAAGAAAUUACCGCCGAACGGGAAGAAAUUGACCGGCAGAAGAAACUGUUAACGAAGAAGCGGCCAUCGGAAGGCGGGCGAAAACGUAACAGUUCGUCGGCAUCUUCGACGCUUCAUAACGGCACUGACAAUACGUUCCUGAAACCGGACGCUGUUCCGGGUUCCUUCACAAUUCAAGAGUACUAUGAGGCGGACGAAAUAUUGAAAUUAAGACAAAGCGCAUUAAAAAAGGAAGAUGCGGAUUUGCAGUUAGAAAUGGAGAAGCUAGAACGUGAGCGAAAUCUACACAUUCGCGAACUGAAACGUAUCCACAACGAGGACCAGUCCAGGUUCAACAACCAUCCGGUGCUCAACGAACGAUACCUGCUGUUGAUGCUGCUUGGCAAGGGCGGUUUCAGCGAGGUGCACAAGGCGUUCGACCUGAAGGAGCAGAGAUACGUCGCCUGUAAAGUGCACCAACUCAACAAAGACUGGAAGGAAGAUAAAAAGGCCAAUUAUAUUAAACACGCUUUACGGGAGUAUAAUAUUCAUAAAGCGUUAGAUCACCCUAGAGUCGUGAAAUUGUACGAUGUGUUCGAAAUAGAUGCUAAUUCCUUUUGUACAGUUUUGGAAUAUUGUGAUGGACAUGACCUCGACUUCUAUCUUAAGCAGCACAAAACAAUACCGGAGAGGGAGGCAAGAUCGAUUGUUAUGCAAGUCGUAUCUGCACUCAAGUACCUGAAUGAGAUCAAACCGCCUGUGAUCCACUACGAUCUAAAGCCGGGAAACAUCCUUUUAACAGAAGGAAAUGUUUGCGGCGAAAUUAAGAUUACGGACUUUGGUCUUAGCAAAGUUAUGGAUGAGGAGAACUACAAUCCGGAUCACGGAAUGGAUUUGACUUCACAGGGUGCUGGCACUUACUGGUAUUUGCCACCUGAGUGUUUUGUGGUGGGCAAGAAUCCUCCAAAGAUAUCAUCGAAGGUUGAUGUGUGGAGUGUGGGUGUAAUAUUUUAUCAGUGUCUCUAUGGCAAAAAGCCGUUUGGGCACAAUCAAUCCCAAGCCACGAUUUUGGAAGAGAAUACGAUUUUAAAAGCCACAGAGGUUCAAUUUGCAAAUAAGCCAGCAGUCACGAAUGAAGCUAAGAGUUUUAUUAGAAGUUGUUUAGCGUAUCGAAAGGAAGAUCGCAUUGAUGUCCUGUCGCUAGCAAGGCACGAGUAUUUGCAACCACCAAUGCCAAAACACUCGCGGCUAGGGUCAAACGCUCAGCAGCAGCAGGUGCAACAACAGACUGCCGUGCAGCACAACUCGCAGCACUCGUCGCAACAGCCGGGCACGUUCUCCACCGGUUUAUUUGGCGCCAUGAACGCUUCUUCCUCAUCUUAGUGCUGUGGUGCGCGACGUGCAGACGCUAUCAACGUGAAAGUUUAGUGAUUUUUCAAAUUGACGAGAUGCGCGGAUAAACAAACAUAAAAACAGUUAUUUAAAACAAUUUGUACACACCUAAAACAAAACAUAAGUAAGUGGGGACGCGUGAAACAAAACUGUGCGCCUUGUGGAUACACUUCAUUCAUUUCUCUAUCUCUCUAUAAUCUAAAAAAGCAAAAAUCUCUCUUUAAGAAAAAUAUCUCGUUGCUUGCUGCUUAUCUUUGUCUUCUCUCGGGGUUUACUGUGCUACAAACUGGUUGUGAUCGGACUUGAUAUGAAUAAGUUAUUUACAAUGAUAAAAUACCUACCAUUGAGAAAUGAAACGUUCACCAACGCUAUUCAAUUUGGUUUUAUGUACAAGCAUUAUACAUUUGAUGCACCGCUCCACGAAUUUGUUGUGAACGGUGCGUACACAGUACCAUCGGGUAUACAUAUGUAAACAAAAACAAACAACUUGAACAUAUAUAAAUAUAUUAUAUAUAAUAAUUCUAUAAUAGACAAUGAUAAUAAGUUAUUUUAUUAAGUGUCCUUGCUUUGUACCAUAAUUUAUAUUCAUUUUGUUGGCCGAUUUUUGUUUUUGUUUCCAUAGACUUGUUUUAUUUUUCUUUGAAUUUGAUUUUUUUCGAAGGUUAUUGAGGAAAUUGAAUGUGUAAAUAUUUUGUUCAAUAAACGAACGUUAUGAGUACGCUUAUUAAAAACAAAAAAUAACAGAUGAACGAAGUACAUGCAAGAGAAUUUAGAAACUGUUAUACAAAUUUAGGACUGUUUAAAAUUGAAGUAAACCAAAAGUUUUAUAACCGAUUGAAGAGUGAAAUAUGUAAAUCAUCCGUAACUAACUAUUUAUUGAUUGUUCUUUGUGAUGAAAUGGAAGAUAUUAUUUUAUUUGACGGACUAUGACAAUUAAUUAACUGGGAAAAUAAUUGAAUUUUUUAAACAUUUGCUCUGCUAAAUGACAUCUGCACAUCCACGUUGCCUACUUCACUCUUCAAAUGUUUUCGUCUUUAUUGUGCACUUUCUUUUCACUGCGAAUGAAAACAAAUAUUCAAAUGCUAUGACAAAGAUCUAUUCAUAUAUAUAGGUAUAUACUUCAUUGGUUUAUAACAAUCAUUUCAGAGAUUCAUACGCAUGGCCCCAUUUAAACUUAUGCAGGCUGCACGUGUUUUCAAAUCACGUGCAUAUAAACAUUUGUUGUACAUAGACAGAAAUAUACGGAUAGGUCCUGUGUAUUGUUUCAAACGGGAACAGGAGGGAAGCGUAAAGAAUAACAUAAGCAACCAGACACAAACAUCAGUAAAUGAAAAAUGGAUGAAUAAUGAAUGAAUGAAACCUCAAUUCGUUUACGAUAUGCCUAAACCUAGCUAGUAAGUCAAUAUUUAAUUCCUUGUAAAUAUCCUUUGUUUUCUUUUUUUGUUUUCGUUUUGGUUAAAUAGUGAUUUAUUUAAAUGAAUUGGGGUUUUCGUGAGUGACACUGUUUCAAGAGAAUGAAUUUAUAAUAAUGGAAAAUAUGACACAAAGUUUUCAAGACGCAGAACAUGCGUAAUGUUGAAAAAAUGUUUCUAAAAUAAUAACAACCGGGCGUCGUUUUAAACGCCCGGUCUAUUACUAGUAUCGAUACAAGCAAACAAAACCAAUAAUAAUAAUAAUAAAUUAUUUGCGACAUUUAAACAACUCAAUGAAGAAAAUUUUAGAGAUUCUUUAAAAAUUAUUUGUUUCUAUUUCGGAGUUAAUCAUUUUUCUUGUUUCGUUUGUGGCGACAUCAAACUAGCGUAUCACAUGUUCAAUCUUAAAACAAAACUCAAGAUGCAAAUACAUGCCAAACAAGUCUGCCAGUUGAAACUCGCAAGAAAAGUUAAAAACAUAACUUGAGCAAAUGAAAAUUAACGAUUAAAUGUUACAUACAAAUAACAAUAUUUAUUAUAUUCAUUCGUGUGCUGUUUGUGUUGGUGGUUCUGCCCAGCCACAGACAUUGUGAUAAGAAUAGUUAAGUCAUGUCUAGGAAAAACAGAUAACGAAGAUGUAACAUUAUUAUAUUGUUUUAUUAUUAUAUUAUUAUUAUUGUACUCUUGUAUCUAAACUUUUGAUUUUAUACAAUCGUUCGCAAUUUCCUUUUUAUCAGUAAUGUACCAUUGUAAAUACAGUGUGUAUGAAUUACACAGUAAAAGUUUUGAAAAGAUUAUUUAAACGCAAA